UUGCUGGUGAGUUUUAUUCAGUAAAAAAUACCAUGAAAGUGAAACACUGCGCUGCUGUGUGAGCAAUAUGAACGCUAUGAAACCGUCUGUCCCAAGGAAUUAAAUCAAUAGUUGGGAUUUUGUUGUGAGGAGAAUUCGAGAUACUGAUCUGACAAUGGUUUAAACUAUAGGAAUAGGCCUAUAUAACUGUCAGAAUGCCAGCUAGAAAAGGAUUUUGUUGGUGUUUAGGUGGUACACGCCCCCCAGAGAUCAAACAUGGUAUGGACUCUGCACAAGGAACAUUAAAACCUAUAGAAGUGGAUAUCCCAAUGCCAACAGAUGAAAAUGAACUUAACGCUAAAUUCCAGGAACUAGUUGCUGAGUUAGAUUUAGAUAAACCACAUCAAGAAGCUUUGUAUAGUUUACCAAAAGAAAAAAAAUGGCAGAUCUACUGUAGCAAGAAAAAGGAUGCAGAUCCAACAUCACAGAAUUUACCAGAUAAAUACAUAGAAAGAAUAUCAGACAUGUCUCCGCUUCAGACUAGUCUUGAUAAAGAUGAAGAUUUAGGUAUGAGGACAAAACUAGUAGAAAAUUUAAAAACUGCGCUUAGAACACAGACCAUGAGCUUUGUGGUGAGAUUUGUAGAUCAAGGAGGUUUACAGUGUUUAUUAGAAUAUCUAUGUAAAAUGGAUUAUCUUAUAUCAGAAAGUGCCAUACAUACAUCAAUCAUUGGUUGUAUCAAAGCCCUCAUGAACAAUUCACAUGGUCGGGCACAUGUGCUAGCUCAUCCACGAUGUAUCAAUAUCAUUGCUCAAAGUUUACGUGUUGAGAAUGUUAAAACAAAGAUAGCUGUUCUGGAGAUUCUUGGUGCUGUCUGCUUGGUGCCUGGAGGCCACAAGAAAGUCCUCCAUGCCAUGUUGCAUUUUCAACAGUAUGCCGGAGAACGAACUAGAUUUCAGACAUUGAUAACAGAUUUAGAUCGAAGCACAGGAAAAUAUCGUGAUGAAGUAAAUUUGAAAACGGCCAUCAUGUCGUUUAUCAAUGCAGCAUUGAAAUAUGGUCCUGGUCAAGAUCACAUUGAAUUCAGACUUCAUCUUCGUUAUGAGUUUCUAAUGCUUGGAAUUCAACCAAUCAUAGAUAAGCUUAGAUCACAUGAAAAUGCAACGUUAGAUAGACAUUUAGAUUUUUUUGAGAUGGUUAGGAAUGAAGAUGAAAAGGAGAUUGCGAAAAAAUUUGAUUGUGUUCAUGUUGAUACAAAGAGCGCAUCAUCAAUGUUUGAAUUAUUAAGGAAGAAAUUAUCAAUGUCAGUUUCCUAUCAAAACUUGAUGUCUAUCUUACAACAUCUAGUUAUGUUACCUUAUUCUAAGAAGGAUGUGACACCAGUGUGGAUAUUGAUAGAUAAAAUGGUACAACAAGUUGUUUUACAGAGAAAUGGACAGGAUCCUGACGUUGCUCCCAUGGAAGAAAUUAACAUUCAACAAAUUACACAUAGGUUAGCAAGUGAAAAUGAUGUGAAGUCAUUCCAAACAAAAUUACGAGAAGCAGAAAAACAGAAUGAUGAACUGAAUGCUAAACUAGCAAAGCGAGAACGAGAAUGUGAGGCCAGAUUUCAGGAAAAGGAUGAACUGAUGACAACAUUAAACCAUAUGAAAACUAAAUUAGAAAAAGAAAUGGCUACUCAUGCAGAAACCAAACAACAAUUAGAUACACUUAUAUCACGGCUAGAAGAAGUUAGCAACUAUUUGGAAGCUGAAAGGGGAGAGAAGCAGAAAUUACAGCAUUUGGUUAAAACUGGAAGUUUACCAGAUGAUGCCAAAAUGGGAUUGUCAUCUGCUGCUAGUCAAAUAUUAUCAGGAACUCUGUUGAAUAAAUCUGGGUAUUCAAUACCAUCCUCCUUUGGACCUCCUACCCCUCCUCCUGCAGCUCCACCACCACCACCACCAGCUCCAGGAGCACCCCCACCUCCUCCUUUUGGUGAUAAAAGUCUGCCUGGUAAAAAGAAAAAUAUUCCUAAACCUGGUAAUCCAAUGAAAUCAUUUAAUUGGACAAAGUUACCGGAGAAUAAGAUUAAUGGAACAAUCUGGAAAGAAUUGGAUGAUAGCAAGUUAUAUAAUUCCUUGGAUUUAAAUGAUUUUGAAAAGAAUUUCUCAGCAUAUCAGCGACAGGAAGAUGGAGAAAAUGAUACCAAAAAUGUGGCACCUAAAGUUCGUGAAUUAACUGUAAUUGAUGGACGUCGAGCUCAGAACUGUACAAUUUUAUUAUCAAAAUUAAAAUUAACAAAUGAGGAAAUUAAAAAAGCUGUUUUAAGUGUGGAUGAAGCAGAAGAUAUCCCUAAAGAUAUGGUAGAACAGUUAUUAAAGUUUGUGCCAACAGUUGAGGAAAUACAGUUAUUAUCAGAACAUAGUCAUGAGAGAGAGAACAUGGCGAGAGCGGAUAGAUUCCUUCUAGAUAUGAGCAAAAUAUUACAUUAUGAACAAAGAUUAAAAGCUAUUUAUUUCAAGAAAAAAUUCCAGGAUCGAAGAAUAGAUUGUAAAAAUAAGAUAGAUGCUGUGUUUGAUGCAUCUAGACAGUUGUUCCGAUGUCGAAGAUUAAAGAAACUAUUAGAGAUAGUGCUAGCCAUUGGUAAUUAUAUGAAUCGUGGUCAGAGAGGAAAUGCUGUAGGAUUUAAAAUACAGAGUUUAAACAAAAUGAUUGACACUAAAUCGAGUAUAAAUAAAAACGUAACAUUGUUACAUUACCUCAUAGAUGCCGUGCUAGAAAAAAAGUUUCCUGAUAUACUGAAGUUAGAACAAGAUAUUGUGUCAACAAGGCAGGCUGCUAAAGUCACAUUCAAAGAAUUGGAUCAAGAAAUGACAGCAAUGAAAAAAGGUUUAAAUGAUAUACAAAAGGAAGUAGAAUUUUUUAAAACCCAGUAUGAUGGAAGAGAAGAUAAAUUUGUGAACACAAUGAGUAAUUUCUGUACAGUAGCUGCUUAUAAUUUCUCCGAGUUAGAAGAUUCCUACACAGAAAUGAAACAAAAGUUUGAUAUGGUAGUGAAGGCAUUUGGCGAAGAUCCUACAUCAAUACAACCAGAAGAAUUCUGUGGUGUAUUUGAUAUGUUUCUUACCUCUUUUAAUGAUGCUCAGGUGGAGAAUGAUAAAUUACGCCAACAGAAAAUGGAGGAAGAAAAAAGAAGUAAAUUGGAAGACCAGUUAAAGAAAGAAAGGGAGAAGCGAAUACUAUUGCGAAGAACGAGUACUGCUGAGAACAAUGGAAGCAACAAAAGUUUAUCAACUUCGGAUUCUACAGAAAAAGGUGAAUUUGAUGAUUUAAUAUCUGCGUUAAGAACAGGUGAUGUUUUUGGUGAGGAUAUGGCUAAGAUGAAACGUACUCGACGUCGAGUCAGUAAUAAUACUGAUAUGUCACGAGAGAGGAUGGGACAAAAUCGAUAAGAUUAUCUGAAUUAUUUAAUUAGAGUUAAGAUUAACUGGGUUUAAUGAUGAAAUAUUAAUUCUUAUUGAAGGUUAAGUAAAAUAUCAUUAGGGUUUUUGAGCCUAAAGUCUAAACUGAGCCUAGAAACAUUGGAAAAUUUUAGUUUUACAUUUUGGCUUUCUGGUUUAUUCAAUCUGUUGUGUGAGUGUCUUGUAUUAGUAAAUAUUUUAUGAAUUGUACACAGGAGUACUACCCUAAAACCAUAGUUAAGCCUUCCAUUUGAAUUAAUCUCUCAACUUGAAAUCCCUGUUAAUUAAAUCAGUAACUUUAUUAGUUUCAGUCUUUCAUUUAGUUUUAUAAAACCAGAGAAGAAUUCAAGAUAUUUUUUUUGAUAUUUUAUGCAAAUUUAUCAAAGUUAUUUACAAGAAUAGAGAUUUUAUUUAUAUCAUUUUGUAUGUUUUUUUUUCUAUAUCAAUCUCUUUAUAAAUGAGUUUAUUUAAUUAAUACCUAUUUUACAUUAUUAACUAAUAUCAUUCAUUUGUCAAAAAAAUGUGACUUUCCUGUACUUGGCACAUAAUGUUCUGGUUAUCUCAUCAAAAUGAAAAUAUUAUAUUCACAAAUAUUAAUUAUAUAAAUUGAUUAAUACGAGUAGGUUCUAAAAUGUCCCUUAAAUUCUGAGUUGAAGUCUGAAAGGAAACAAUACUUGGCUAUUUUUUUUGUCAUAUAUUUUGAUUACUAGUCAAUUGUUUUGUUUAAUGUUCUUUUUACCAAAAGUUCUUGCACCAAAGUUGUAGUUUCACAGAAUUUGAAGGGACCAUAUUUAAAGCAUAUCCAAUUUAUUCCCUUAUAUAUUAUUCAGGGAUUAUAUACAUUAUUCAAUUCUUAUAUAAACAACAAGGGUAUACAAGUAGGAUAUCAUGAGCAGUGUUUGAAUGUUUUGUUUAUUGUUGUCAGUCUGUGAUUGUAAAUGUUCUAUAUUAAUCAAACUUUGUAUAAGUAUGUGCUAUUGUCAUAAUACAAAAAUGUCAAUGCACAAUUAAUUUGACCAAUGACAUUACCAUAUAAACUGUACUGUAUACCAUUUGUGUUCUAUUUGAAGAAACCAAAGCAUCUUUAUAAGUUUUAAAGGGUAACAAAAAAUACUAUUGAUUAUGCAUUCUGUGUCUAAUUCUAAUAAACAUUUAAUAAUUAUACACAAAAAUUCCUAGAAAUUAUGUACAUGUAAAAUGACAAUUUUAUCUCCAAUUUAAAGGGCAAAAUGCAAUAUAUAAAAAUAUAUAAUAUGAAUAUGUCAGUGCUUAUGUUAGUAACUUUUUUUUCAUAUUUGUAAAUAAAUCGCAUGAAAGUCA